CGUCACUUAUCACUGCGCACCCAGUGCGCGCAUUCCUGUGCGACCGAUCACGUGGUUCUGCGCCUAUAUAUGGUGCGUCUUCUAAUAAACUUAUCAGUUGCUUCUUGGUAUGCUGUCUGCUGCUCACGUUAUUACACUGGCGACGAGGAUGGGAUCCGCCCCCUUGUACUAGCUCAGUACGAAGCAGUAUUGCGGGCGAUCGGCGGUCGACAGCCAUGGACCAGAAAACAACGGCAGCCAUGGCCUGGGACGGUUGAACUCGGCGGCACUACCUUCGGCAAGAGGCAACGCAGUCGUCGGGGAAAGCAACCCGAUAAGUAUACUGCACUUUUACUGAACAAUGGCGCGACUAGGCAAGCUAGACGAGUUCGACGAGAAGGAUCAGAAUUUUGAAUCCUAUCUGGAGCGUUUUGAGCACUUCGUCACCGCAAAUGACAUCAGAGAGGAAAAGAAGCUGGCAGUAUUCUUGAGUGUGAUAGGACCACGAACGUACGAGGUGCUCAAAAGUUUGGUAGUACCCGCUGUUCCUGGGGACAAGUCCUUUGAAGAGGUCACAGUGCUGUUGAAGAAACACUAUAGCCCACAGUGCUCGGUCAUUGCCGAACGUUGCAAAUUUAACAAGCGAGCACAAGAAGAGCAGGAAAGCGUCGAGGACUUCAUAGUGGCCUUAAAACAGUUAGCAAGGAAGUGCGAUUUCGGUCAGUUUCUGCAAGACGCGCUGCGAGACAGAAUAGUGGCAGGCAUAAGACGCGAGGAAACGCGACUCGCCCUAUUUGCUGAAGAAGAUUUAACCUUCGAAAAGGCGUGCAAGAUAGCCCAGGACCGAGAGCAGGCUGCGCGACAGACAGCGUUACUUCAUGCAGAAGGCAAGGAAGCGGCUUUUUAUGCAAUGGCGAUAAGAGGAAAAGGAAGCGAAAAGAAAUCGAAGCUUCGGAAGCUCAAGGAAGCCAAGCGAGUUUGCGAAAGAUGUGGCAAGGCGCAUGCGGCUAGUGUUUGCUGGUAUAAGAACGUCCAGUGUCACAGCUGUUCUCAAAUCGGUCAUCUACAGAAGAUGUGUCCAAGUAAUCGCAGAGAACUCAAGACUGCAAACGUGGUGGACUGCUCUGAUAGUGACUCUGAAUUAGAUGUGUACCAUGUUAUCAAUACCGUGCGUUCUGGGUAUGAAGUGCAGCUAAACGUAGAAGGGCAAGACCUCUGCAUGCAGAUUGAUACGGGAGCAGCUGUAACACUAAUUCCUGAGAGUGUGAGGCUGAACGCAUUUCCUCAUGUCAAGUGCGAGCCAUCUCGAGUCACCCUAAAAACAUACACUGGGGAACCUGUUCCAGUAAAAGGGCAAUGCAACGUUUCCGUUACGGUGGGAAAACAGUCUUUGCGGCUACCCGCUAUUAUCGUCAAGGAUAACGGCAAGCAGCUACCAUUGCUGAUGGGGCGAAGUUGGCUUGAAGGGCUCGGGCUUGACUGGAAAAGCGUGUUUGCUAUAAAUGUAAGCGACUCUCACAAGGUAGAGGCGGUUAAAAAGAAGUUCCCAGGGGUGUUUUCUAAGCAACCUGGAAAAGUAAAAAACUAUCAAGCAAGGAUAGUUUUAAGCCAGAAUUGUACGGCUAUUUUUGGCAAGGCCAGAAACGUCCCAUUUGCGCUUCGAGAUAAAGUGGAAGGCGAGCUAGAAAGGCUAGAGAAAAGCGGUGUUAUACGCCCCGUAAAUCGGAGCGAUUGGGCCACGCCAGUAGUCGUAAUCCAAAAGAAAGAUGGUUCACUGAGGCUGUGCGGGGACUACAAAGUCACCAUUAAUCCUGUUUUAAAGACCGACCACUACCCAUUGCCUAGACCGGAAGAUUUGUUCUCUGCCAUAGCUGGCGGCAGAGUGUUUUGUGUGUUGGAUCUUUCGGCCGCGUAUCAGCAGAUUCCGCUCACUGCCGAGUCCCGACCACUGCUAACUAUUAAUACGCACAGGGGGCUGUUCGAGUUCCAGCGCUUACCAUUUGGGGUAGCCAGUGCGCCAGCCAUUUUUCAGUCCUUCAUGGAUGAGGUGCUCAAAGGCAUACCGCACGUGGGAUGUUACAUAGACGACGUCAUUGUGUCGGGAAAAGACUUAGCCGACUGUCAAAAAACGUUGGAACUAGUCCUGCAGCGGCUGAGUGACUACAACGUGACACUGAAAGAGGAAAAGUGUCGGUUUUUUCAGAGCACUGUGACUUAUCUCGGUCACACUGUGUGCGCUGAAGGUAUAUAUCCUACAGAAGAAAAGAUAAAGGCGAUCACAGAAGCGCCAGAGCCCACUUGCCAAACAGAGCUAAAGGCUUAUCUCGGCAUGUUAACCUUUUAUGCAAAGUUCUUAAGUUAUCAGUCCCGUAACCUAUCUGGUGAAAGUGUCGCAGGCGGUGCGAUUUACGCAUUCGGACCACAUCAGAGCCCGCCACGGAAGCCAGGAUUCUUCAAGUUAUCCGCAGGCACAACCUGCUCCAACGGCAUCCGUAGACACGACUCCACCGACGGUUCCGAUGGCGUGUGGGCCAGUCGCCGGGUCGCCUCUCGUAAAUCCACACGCAACCGACUCUGCGACGUCUCUCCUUCCGGCAACUGCAUCGCCCACGGCCGGAGCAGCUGCCUCCGGCUCGCCGGACCAGCCCAGUGCCGACGACGCGCCACCUGCAGCCGAACUUCCAACUCGGCGUCGUAG